UUUAUGCUUAGGAUCUCACUGUCCGUGAUAUGUAUAACACUAGCAUCAGUGAUAUUAAAAUUCAACGAAGAUCCGCUUUACAAAAAUUAUCAUUAAAUUAUCAGAAAAUUAGAUCAACUUGAUUUGUCUACUAUCAACUAACUGCUUAGUAGCAAAUGUAUUUUUUGUCUCGAAAUGUUUCGUGAAACAUACAAAAAACACUGUGCUCUACUACUGAUUAGUGUAAUCAUUAUCGGUUGUUUAUUAAAAAUAGAAGAAUACGACUAUUCGGCUUCCGUUGAAAUUUUGGAAAGACGAGCCGACGAGGUUUGGACAUUUAUGGCGAAUUUUAGUAAUAUGAAACAUUUAAAUCCAACAAUAAUUUCAUUCGAAAUCGUAUCAGAAAUUAAAAACGUAAAUUCUUGGAAAUAUUCUGUAAAAUACGAAGAACGUUUAUCACAUUGGCCUUACGUAAGGAACUAUGCAACUGCUAACAUUGUCACUGAUUUCAAUUAUUCUGAUGACAUCCAUUUUAUAAAUUCUACCCAUCGCACAUGCUUCUUAAAGAACACAUUCUGCCUUGAAUCAAAGGGAACGUUUCUAAUACAUUCGAACCUUCUGAAUUCCGUAGUUUGUAAAGAACACGUGAUCUAUCAAUGUCCAAUAUUCAUGUCGCUUCUUUGUUUACGGGAAGUAGUUUACCAAAGGAAUCAUAUUUUGGGAAAUUUGAAGAAACAUUUUGAUAAUUAACAUGUGCGGGAUAAUGUACUUAAUGAGUAUACUUGU